AUGCUUGCAAUCGUGCAACAGGAACUCCUCAAACCCAACAUGACUCGCAGUCUGGUCAAGGAAAUUCUUGAUUUGAAAGACGUCAUGUUGAGGGGACAAUGA